AGCUGCGGUGGCCAUGGCGCGAGUGCUGGUGGUGGGCGCGGGGCUGACGGGCGGCGCCUGCGCGGCGCUGCUGCGGGGGGCGGCUGUGGGCCGGGUCUCGGUCUGGGAUAAGGCGCGAGGCGCAGGGGGCCGCAUGAGCACGAGCCGCAGCGCGCGGGACGCCGCCUGUGCCGCCGACCUGGGCGCGCAGUACGUCACCCUCGAGCCGGAGCGCGCGGGGCCGCGCCUCAGCUUCUAUGAGGAACUUCUGGCUGAAGGCAUCUUGCAACCUCUGACUGCACCCAUCGAAGGAAUGGUAGUGAAGGAAGGCUCCUGCAAUUACAUGGCACCCCAGGGCAUGUCCUCCCUCGUCAAGUACUAUUUAAAACAGUCAGUAAUCCAGGAGAGCCAAAGGCAGCAGCUGGAAGCUGUGAGCUACUCCUCCCGCUACGCUCUGGCUCUGUUCUACGAGGCUGGAAGAGAGCUGCAAGUGCCCUGGGCCGGCCGGUACCUGAGCAGCGACCCCUGGCUGCGCUUCAUCUGCAUCGACAGCAGGAAGCGAGGGGCAGAGUCUCCUGAGGUUGGGCCCUCAGUUGUGGUUCACACAACUGUGACAUUUGGCAGCCAGCACCUGGAGUCAGACCCUGCAGAGGUGCAGCAGUUGAUCCUCAGCCACCUGGAGAAGCUUGUGCCAGCCCUGGCCAACCCAGCCAGCAUCAAGUGCCACAAGUGGAGAUACUCUCAGGUCACCAAGGCUGUGCCCAGCAGCCCAGGGGGGAUGAUCCUUCACACUGAGCCCCUGCUGCUCUGUGGGGGGGAUGGAUUCACUCACUCCACCGUGGAUGGCUGCCUGCAGUCUGCUGUCAGCCUUGCAGAGGCUGUGAGGUCUCAUCUGUAGCAGCUGCUAAGCCCAGGCCAGACUGCUGCUGGAUUCCCUUUGCCAUGGGUUGGAUUCUGCUGCCAGCAUCCCAGGCCUCUG